GGAGCGUUUAAAGGCCAGCGAGCACCGGUCAGACAUAGAAGACAAGGCAGACAAGCGGAACACAGACCCCAAACCCAGACCCUCCUCAAUAUCCUCCCCAUCGCCUUCACCUGUCCUGCAUCCUCGCAAACCUCCCCGCCCCUCUCGCUCGCCAACACCUUCUACGUCCUCCCUCACCCCGCUGCCUCCGCUCCCCUCACCUGUGACCACGCUCAAGUCAGAGGAGGCGGGGCAGAGAGUGUUGGUGCACUCGCCGACCCCACUGCCGCACCCACCUUCCCCCCGCUCUGCUUCGCCGCCCCCGUCUUCGCCACGGCGGCCUAAACAGGAGGCGGCUGAGGAGGAGGUGGGACGGAGGGAGCAGAGGGAGAGACAGAAACCGGGCUCUGCCCCCUUUCAGGGCAUCUAUCCUGAUCUCCCUCCAGGUUACCCUUACCAGUCUGUCACCGCCCCAUUUGGCUCCCCUUUCCCUUCUUAUCACAUCCCAGCACCCACAGGGACAAACACAGAGCUAGUCCCAGCCCACCGCUCCCGCUCUCCACCCUCAGCUGCCCCUUUGCCCUUAGCACACCUCCAUUCAAGGCUACUGGACACAGACAUUAAGCCACAGAAACUAGAGCGAUCAAAGACCGGAUCAUUCCUCAAACAGGAACCCGGUGUGGAGCGGCCUCUGCUGGAUGUGGCGCCAGAACCUCUGGGUCCCCUUCGCUGCAGCUCUGUGCGAGCCAGUCAAGACAGAGAGACUGAUGUGGAAGUAUCUAAGCCCCGGCCUCAGCCGCUACCUCUGCACGUCCCCAGUCCUCCACUGCAACAAGGUGAAAGGCUGGAAGACGUCAGGGAGGAAGAGAAGGAACAAAUCAAGAUCGAGGUUUCAUCUUACUCAUGCCAGGCAACAUAUCCUCCACCCCCUCCACUCACAGAAGCUGAGCCCAAUCAAAAGGCCAUGAAGGAUCCAGAGCAAACACGACACCCACCGUGCAUCACUGCAGAUUCAGACUGUGAGGAAUCUGCUCAGAAGACUGUUCUUCUGCAGCAGACCGCCAGCGCUGCGUGUGAACAAGAACGACCAGACACUCCAAUCGACUCACACACUCCCCAUCAGAAAGAAAUUGUUCCAGAGACACCUGUUUAUCCGCCUGCCACUUCCAACUCUCUGCUCCCGCUGGUCUUCGGCCCUGAGGAUCCCAUGGCAGGGAUGCUCGCCCUGCUGACAGCCAGCGAGAUGGCCAAUCAGACCCGCCCUGACACCCCACCCGCCCCAAUACUCCUACCGCAGAUAGAAAUCCUUCCUGUGGGCGCUGACUGCAGCAGUGCUGGGCCUCUGGAGAUGGUGGCGCUUGAGGGGAUGGCCCUGCUCAGCCAAAUGGCCCAGAGAGAGAUGGAGCACAUCCGCCAGGAACAAGAUCUGACAUUAGAGGGUCUGGAUUGUCUUCUCGAGGCCAGCAGACAGAUCCUGUUGGAGGCCAUAGAGAAACAGUCCCACAUCGAUCUGCCCAGAACUCUGGACCCCAAUAAGAAGUACAGCUGGAGGCAGAGGAAAGAGGAGCCGCUGUACAGUAAGAUGUCAGUUGACAUGAUGGACGCGGUGGAAGUGGAAUACCGUGUCCGCCUGGCUGAGCUGCAGAAGACGUACAAGGAGAAGCAGCGGGAGAUGAGCAAGCUCCAGAGACGCAGAGACAAGCAUGAGCGGCUGCAGCAGGAGGACGAGAGGCGGAGUCUCACCAGACGGGGUAGAGGACGACCCAGGAAGAGAAAACUUUUGGCCACACCUCCCAAACUGGACAGCAGGCCUGGAAAGGUGGGAAGGACAGUGCAAUACUCUGAGGACUCUGAAGCUGGGGAAGGACAGAGGAAGAGGUUCCGUGUGUCCAGGGAAGAGGAAGAGACGGAGGCAGGAAGUGGAGGAGUGAAGGUGAAAAAGAAGAAAAAGAAGAAGAAGAGCUGGACGGACCAGGAGCCAUCCACCAGUCACGCUCUGGAGGUGUUGAAGGCAAAGCGCGGCCAUGUGUGUGAGCAGGAGCAGCUGGCGUCGGACCUCGACAGAGCGCUCUCGCUCUCGCAGCUCAGCUCGCUCAGCGCAUCCCGCAAACUCGUCUCCAACGCGAAACUAGACAAGUCGAAGGGCAAGUCUGCUGACGGCCGGAUGAAAGAGCACGCCAUUCACUCCGCUGCCAAAGGAGGGAAACACAAGAUGGCCGCCAAGGCUUCCACUUCAGAGACCAUCCAGAAGGUGAAAGGUCAGAAGAAGACGGCUUUGUUCUCUCCCAUGAGAUCAGAGCUCAGCAGCUGCUCCAACAACUCCGAUUCAGAGGAGCACAAUUCUGCCCGAGGGGGCUGGCCCCCUCUCUCAGGAACGCGUUCCCAUGGCAACCUGACCAGGAAGAGGCGGCCUGCGUCGUCGCCGACGUCCCUGCUGUCCAGUCAGAAGUCUCAGAAGAAGAAACACAAGCACUUAUCCCUGCUGCUGGAGGAAGCGGGCCUCAGCUCCUCAGACGACUCCUUCGACCAAGGUUACUGACCAAAUCUUACAGCCCCCUCGCUGUCGAGUCAGGCGAUAUUGUGUCUUUGAGCCUCGUUGUAGCUCGAGUCUUUGUGUGCUUGUCCCUCAGACGGCUGUUUUUCAGACUGUGCUUUAGCUCGACGAACCCCCUACCUCUCUCGCUGCUGGCUUCUCUGCAAAGUUGCCUUUUUAAAAAAAGAUUUUAAAACUAUUUCUAUGGUGUUUUUUUAUUGCCUGGAUUGCAAACCGUUUUUGUAGCAUUUGUACAUUUGAAAACUUGUGUGAAUUUGUGAGAUUUUGUUGUAUUACAGUUUUGGUACGUAUAAGCUUUAUUAAAGGUGUUGAUUUGAAUGGUA